AUGCUUACAUCCGCUGUAGACGGCCUCAGAGGCAUCUCUGCAACUUGUGUCGUUGUCCACCACUGUACGCUUCAGUGGUUUGGCUGGCAUAUUCAUGAGCCUUGGUUUCCUGGGCAGUCUUUUCUGAAGUUGCCUAUAAUCCGUCUGCUCAUCUCAGGAUCUCCCCACGUAUACAUCUUCUUCGUCAUCGCCGGCUAUAGCUUGUCAUACAAGCCACUCAAGCUCUUUCGACAAGGAAGAUUCGACGAAGCAGCUUCUGUGCUUUCGUCCUCGAUCUUCCGCCGACAUGCACGGCUUUUCGUGCCGACUACUAUAGUUACCUUUUUCUGCGCUAUCAUGACGCAGCUCAACUGGUACGGCAAGGCAGAGCACAUGCCUGGUGUCGCUGUUCCAGCAUGGGAGCCUCCACAUCUCGACAACAUUUGGGCGCAAUUAAACAAUUUUGCGUGGAACGAACUUCUCUUCAUGGACCCUGUCGGACGCACUGUCGCAAAGGGAGAUCCUGGUGACCAAGUCAAACAGCUUCAUAAUCCAUACGACUACGUGCUGUGGACUCUUCCUGUGGAAUUUAACAGCUCUAUGGUGCUGCUCAUGUUUCUCAUGGCAUUCUCUCGGGUGAAAAGUAGAGCUCGCAUGGUAUUCUGCCUAGCCAUGGCAGUUUUCUUUCAAUGCUUCUUUAUAUACUGGGCCCUCUUUCUCUUCUUCUCUGGGAUGCUAAUCUGCGACCUGCGGCUGGAGCUGGGUGAGGCCUCGUCAACAAGAGCUCCAUCGAAAGAUACCAGGUCGUGGUCAAAACAUUUAUUUGUCAGGGCUAUCGGUGUAGGCUGCUUCGUUCUUUCUUUAUGGGCUCUCAGUACACCACAUCUGGCGUUUGGAGGCCGUGAAGCACCGGGCUUUGUAACCCUAGCAUCCAUGAUUCCUGAGAGAUUCGGUGAUCAGCUUCUUAUGCCCGUCGCAGCUAUAGGCCUGGUCCUCACUCUUGACCAUCAUCCGUUCUUGCAAGUCCUCUUCACAAAUUCGUUUGCACAGUACAUGGGACGGAUUUCUUUUGCUUUGUUUUUAGUUCAUGGGCCAUUGCUCAAUACUCUGGGUCAUGCAUUAGGACGAAGAUUCAUUGCGCUCAUCGGUGGUGAUACGGAAGAGAGAUACCUUGUUGCCAUAUCACUGACUGCGAUGGUCUUCUGGCUUAUGACUAUUCUUUUGGCGGAUUUCGUCUACCGAUAUGUUGAUUUGGCGUCUGUUCAAGUGUCGAAGUGGGCUUAUCAGAAAUUGUUGCGCACAGAAGAACAACCUGGCAAAUACGAAUGGAAGAGCAGAUAG